AUGUCUACAGUGAAAGAAAAUUGGAUUUAUGAAAUCAAAUUUCGAAACAUCGAUCAAUACAGUUUGCCUGCUUUUGAAUUCCACGUUAACGUAUCACGGGAAUGUAUUUUGAAAACAAUAGAAGAAAGUUUUUUAACUGUUAAUUAUAAUCAUAGCAAUGGGACCCAGAACCAUGAUGACGAUUUAAGAAGUUUGGUGGAAACAAAUAAGUCUUUGCGACUAGAAAUUGACAUAAAAUUUAAAGAUGUGCAGCGGCAACAAACCCAAUAUGAAUCAUUUAAACAUGAUCAGAAAUUAUUAUCUCAAGAAAUUAAAGAAAGACAUGAAGCAUUUUUGAUGGCGAAGAAGUAUUAUAAAAAGUUUUUAAAAAUAUACUUCACUAUUGAAACAAAAAAUGAUUUAAAACAGACCAUUUUUGUACAAUUUUUUACUGAGGCUAAAAAAGAUUCUGAGAACUACAGUGUACGUCUUUUAAGGAAUAUGGAAAAUGCAAGUUAUGAAUUACUCUCUACAAAUCCUAAACUAAAAAACUUCAAGGAAAUACAAAGAAAAUUAAAAGAAAGAAAUGAUAUUCCUGGGGCAUUAUGUUGCAUAAGACAAUCAUUUAUUAAUAUAAAAGCAUUAAAGAAACAAUAA